GCCCGAGAGCCCUUUAGAACGUGUGUCCUCGGAAUACAUGGCACCGUGAAUGGGAGGUGGCGCCAGUAAACCAGCAUCGCUACCGCUGGAGCAAGAUACAUCCACGGCAGCAUUAACCCUCGUCACCCCGCUGCAAUGCACAAGCCCCAAAGCCAGCUCAUCCCCGAAACAGCGCACCUCCCUGCGUUCAACGAGGGCCCGUAGGAUGGAGCAAGUCGAAUAUACGUCCAUGGAAGCGCUGCCGGGGGGGGCAGGGCAGGACGAAAGCGAGUGGAAAUCGAAAGAAGCUCGGGAACACACGGAUUCGCUUCACGAGACGACGUUUGCGUGGAAAAAGGGCGAGUUGUUGGGAUCGGGUAGCUUUGGCUCGGUGUACCUUGCUCGCAACGAAACAAGUGGCGACUUGAUGGCGGUCAAGGAGAUCUCGUAUGCUGAAGAAACGCCCGACGAAAUCGCGGCGAUCCAGCAAGAAGUGACGUUGUUGCGCAGUUUGAGCCACCCGCACAUCGUCACAUACAUUGGGAGCGAAUUCAACGAAGCCACGAGCACGCUGUAUAUUUUCACGGAAUGGGUGCCCGGGGGAAGCUUGGAAGACAACACAAAAACGUUUGGGUGCUCCGAGCCGGUGGCUCAAAAUUACAUGUCCCAAGUCCUCUUGGGGGUGCAGUAUCUCCACUCGCGCCACGUCAUUCACUACGACAUCAAGCCGUCCAACAUUUUGAUUGACCAGCAUGGCACGGUAAAACUGGCCGACUUUGGGGCAUCGCGGCUCCUCAGCGCGAGCUCCAUCGCCAAGUCCAAGUCGAUGCGCGGCACGCCGUACUACAUGGCCCCUGAAGUGAUCAAGCAGCAUACUCACGACACUAAAGCCGACAUUUGGAGCAUCGGGUGUACUUUGCUCAAGAUGCUCACGGGGGCCCCCCUCUGGAAAGACAUGAAGUUCCAAACCCAGGUGGCGCUGUUCUACCACAUCGCCAACCUCACAGCCCCCCCGGCGCUGCCGUCCACCUUGUCCGAAGUCGCAACAUCGUUUGUGCUCGCGUGCUUGCAGAUCCCCCCCGACGACCGAUGGAGUGCCGACCAAUUGCUGCGCCAUCCGUUCAUCCAACAGCGCCAUAUUGCGCUGCCGCCUUCCCGCCAUACGUCCAAUCGAGCCCGCGCCAGCACGGCGGCCGCCCCGUCAUCAACAACAUCAUCAUCCCCCUACAAUCCCCACCACCAUCGAACGACCCUCACGUUGGAUUUGGAUGCCCCAGACGACGAAGUCUACCAGGAUGUGGGCCAGCGGCACGACCAAGCCAAGCACGACAGGAUACCGCCACGCGUGUGCAAAACAGCGUUUGCCUACCCAGACAGCCAAUCGCUGCAGUUGCCCCCCGCAGCCAGAGUGCACCCAGUGGUUUUCGGAGGUGUGCUAGAGCCAGCAGUCGCCAAGUCUCCUCGACCUCCAGCCAGCGACGACAAGGAGGCGCUUCAUGCCCACUUACCACGGACUGCCACGCACGCGACUGCGGCGACAACUUCACGUAGCUCGACCGAUGAAUCGAUGAAUGGCCUCAUCCCCCAACCUCGGCAUGGACAACACGUGUCGUUCACCCCGCCCAAAACCCCCCGCGAAGAGGACAAGUUGCCGAGCUUGACACCGCCGAAGAAGAAACUAUCGGAUCCUCAGGUCCAGUCUAUCGUACUGGAGAAGCUGGGGGGAGAGGAUAAUCCAAGUGGAGACCGGCGACGGUCGUUGCAGGCGACUGCGCUGGACAGUGACGAGAAGGCGCGUCCAUUGACCAUCCCCGACGCUAUGCCCAUACUUGGAGCCACGCCAUCUCCCGAUAAGAAUCGAAAUGCUAGGACGACGUCCGACGUCGAGGUUGACAACGCAACGGACCGUCGGGUGGCCAGAAGUGCUUUCGACGACACGCCCAUCCUCACAGACGCAGCGAAGCGGGAGCGCGACGUGGUCCUUGAGCGUGAGGAGCAGAAGCGUCGCCUAAAGGAACAACGGGAACGCGAGUGGCGAGAGGAGCAGGAUGCAUAUAAGCGGUCGCUGCAGCGAUGAAAAUGCCACUGUAUGGGACAUCUAGCGACGACGAUGGAGUCACGACGACCCUACGCAUUAUCACCUGCAACAUAUUAUUUUAAUUUUAUAAAAAUAUUAAAUUAAAUUGCAACA